UGGAAAUAUUCUUGAUUCGCACCGAUGCGCGAUGAUGCAUAAUUAUUCAUGAUCGCAGACCGUUUCACAAACAAUCGAAGAUGAUUCAAAUGUAAGAUGUGACCAGAUUAGAUUCAGUCGCGCUCCCAUUCAGUUGCAGUCGGUCGGUUGCAAUGGAGAAGUCUAGGAAGAAGGAAGAACUUAGUCCGCUAUUGGACAGUGAUCAUCGGAAAAGUUUCAACGACAGUUGGAUUCACAAUGUUACCGUUGAGCCGGUUGCUUUUAUGCACAGCUUUGGAUGGAGCCUCUCUGAGAUCAUACUGACCAAUCAAAUAGUGUAUCAAACGUGUUUAGUGACGCUCGAUGGGCCUGAUGAGGAAUCGUGCUCUAUAAUGAAGCAGACCGGAGCUUCCGACAAUGAAACGCUGGCGAUCUAUCUUGAGCAGAAAGUGCAACCUUAUGCAGCUACCGUUACGAUGACCAUUGUGCUACUGACUUCAGUUGUUCCUGCUUUGGUGGCACUGUUUCUCGGACCGUGGUCGGAUAAGUUUGGCCGGAAGCCCGUGAUUGCGAUCGCUUCGACGGGCUACCUGAUUUCGGAGGUCCUAGUCGCUUGGGUGUGCUACAUGUCCUCCUACUACGUACUGUCUCCAUGGUGGUACGUUGUGGCCAACAUUCCGGUAUCACUCUCCGGUGGUUUUUCGGUGUUCAACGCUGGCAUUUUCAGCUACAUGAGUGACGUAACCCACUGGAGCAACCGAACCCUGCGUAUGGGAGCUUUGCAAGGAUGUACGAUGUUUGGUGUUCUUCUUGGAUUGCUGGCUAGCAGUUACAUGAUCGAUUGCGUUUCCGCGACUGUGAUGUUUUCGAUCUCGGCGGCAGCCAUGUUUGCCAGUAUUGUAUACUUGGCUGUGAUUACGAAAGAAACUAUCGCCACUGAAGGUACACUUUCCAGAAGAGACAAAAUCAAGGAGAUCUUCAAUAUCAAUCUAUUACUGGAAAUGUUCCAAACGUUUACUAAGUCGAGGCCAAAUUACGAACGAGCGAUCACGUGGCUUUUGAUAUCCGUUGGUGGUUUGGUGGAGUUCGCCGUUGCGGGACGUCAGCUAUUCUUCCUAUACACUAGAAGGCAAUUCGGAUGGGAUGCAGUAAACUACGGAUUUUGGUUAUCCGCUGAACUCGGACUCAUCAUGCUGGGGAACCUGUUUGGCAUUGGACUGCUGAAAAAAUGGUUUAAUAUUUCAGAUUUGAGUCUCUUGGCUUUAUCAACGAUGAAUCAACUUGGAGACUACCUCAUCAAAGGGUUCGCACAAGAAGGCUGGCAGUUGUACCUCACGACGUUGAUGACCCCGUUGAAGGGUGUAGACGGAGCGGCAAUAAGGUCCAUUCUAUCCAGCAUCCUUCCGAAAGAUGACAUUGGAAAAAGCUACUCCAUGGAUCUGUCGGUGAAGGCCAUUACACCUCUGAUAUCGGUUUUUCUGUUCACCUUCAUAUACAACAGAACCAUCGAUGAUGUACCUUCGACGUAUCUCUUUGUGACGUGUGGAAUCUUUGGAAUCAACCUUCUUCUGAUAGGAAUUUGUCGACAUUUACUAAAACGGAGGCAUAGAACAAAUUUGUGAUCUAGACAGUUUUGAUAUCAAAUAAAUAGUCAAAAUAAAACAAUUAGUUUCGUAAUGUUGACCCUUUACCAACAUUGCUGUUGAUAAAGCGCAAUAUAAUCAAUAAAGUUGGUAAUACCAAGCAGCAUUAUAAGGAGUGGAGAAACCUUAUUGAACGCUACCAUAGCUAUCAUAGGCUACCAUAGCCAUCCGAUAGCCAACUUUAAGCUGUUUCAACUGAUUCAACAAACCGAAUGCAAUGAAAUCUUGAUCAUUUAUGACUAAUAUAACGAACUAUUAAAAACUUUUGACUAAACUUUAAAUUCUUUAUACGAAAGAAAAUUAUAACGAUUAGAUUAUUUUUCUAAUAUAACACCAAUUUAUCCAAAACUUCAUUAUUAUUUUAAAAUUCGAGAUAGUAAUUAUAGUUCAUUAAAAUUCACUCUAAUUGACUUGAAUAUAUUUAUGUUUCGAAGGAAAGGAACCAAAUGGCUGGCAUUAAAUGGAAAAAGUAAUGGGAUGCAUAUGAAAAAUAGAUAAAUUUACCAAAAAAACAUGGAAUGAAUGAACUCGCUCAGUGAAUCAAAAUUCAACCAUCGCGCAACAAUAAUGACAAUGUCGCAACCUGUAUUUGUUGCGACAAACAAACCCAUGCGACAUAAGUUUGUCUCAACUUGAAAAUUAUGGGAUUAACAUCGAACACCACGAGUUUAGAGAUUUUCAAGCCUUGUAUUGCGAUUUUCGAACGGUAACUUCGAGUCGGUAAACACUGCAGCUCUGGUGAAGCUCUAUCAUCAAACAGUUUCGACUUUGGAUUAGCAAUAAUUGAUUAUUCACGAGUUGAAAAGUACGCAACAAAUUCAGCUUCCGUUUUGUCUGCAACAAAAAAAUUCGAGAUCAUGUCAUUAUCUGUUACCAGUAGGGAUAAAGAGUAAUCGUCGCACCACAGACAAACAGACGUAACACUCUUCAAAACGGCUUGGCGCAUACAUUUAACGAUCAAUUCAAAUUUCAUUUCAUUUGCGCGAUUCUUCCACCAGAGGUGCUAGUGUUCGAUCGCUUUGACGUUUGCCAGUGUACACGUUGCUGAAAGAUGCAAACGAACAUUGACCAAUCCAAAUUCCUGUGUGGUAGUGGUUUGUGUUCAGAUUUCCCGUGUUAAUCUAUCUGUAAGAACUUUGUAAACAUCUUUUGUUCUCACGUAUAUGGAUAGGCUUGCAUUAGGUUUCGUGAGACAUUUUUUGGACAACUCAAU